AAAAAAAAAAAAAUGUCUAAUAGUAAGAUUCUCAUAAUAAGAUUUUCAUAUCUCAUCUUGAAAGUGGUGUGGAAACCUCUUGGAUGAAUCUCAGGAAAUUUUUUAAUAAUUGCCUAAUGCAUGUUAAGUAUCAAUAAUUGUACUAAUCUCCUAUCCAUCAAUGGACAAUUCGAUACAGAGGUUUACAUAGUGAACUAUGGAGUGGUUUAAAGUUCUUAACAAUAAAACAUUGUCUAACUGGGUGAUGUAAUCAAUGAAAAACAAAUUAGGCUGCACUAUACGUAUAUGUUUGUAUAUAAAUGUGCAUAAAAAGUGCUGAGUAGAUGCCUGAAGUUGAAGAUUAGAUGGAAAGUUUAGAAGCAAAAAAUGAAAAAAGAAAAAGAAAAAAAGCAACUAGUUGCGUGUAGCACCAAGUGAGGCAAAAUUAGGUGUGUGGUUAGAAAAACUACACAUAUAAUUGCAAUAAUUGAUGCAAAGUUGAUGUGACAGCAAACUGUCAAGAAAAGGUGAAGUAUACAAUACUAGUUUCUCCACUGUGCUUACCCAAAAUGUUUCUUCUUGAGAAGUGACCCCUCACUUUGGUGGGCUGGGCUGGGUGAGGCAAUUGUGACCCAGUUCGAAUAAAUGUGGGUCAUUUUGGAUUUGCAGUGAAAUGGACAUAAAGGCCGGGCCAAUUAACCGAACUACCUGAAUUUUGCAAAAACGUGGAGGAGCAAUUGAUGUGGUUGUCUCUCUCUCUCUCUCUAUGUUUAAUUAGUAUCAUCAUCAUUUUCUCUCCCUUUCAAGAAAAGCAGAGUUCGUUAGAUGUGAAUUAAUUAAUUUCCACCUCCCUCGUUUACUGGCGGGCAUCGUCGGUGGUGGAGGCGGCGGCGGCGGCGGUGGAUUAUUAAUAGGUAUUAAUUAAUGGCGUAUAGGAGAAGACAGGGAAUCACGAGGGCUUCGACGUUCAAGGAAGAGAUAUAUCAUCUUCAUCAGCCACACGAUGAUGACAGUACCACCUCCUCUUCUUCUUCCUCUUCUUCUAUGGCCACUCAGGCUAUCCGAGCUUCCGCCGCUCAUCGUGAUUCGUCCCUCUCCUCCGCUUAUGGCGACUCUGCCUUUCACUCCUCCUUCAAUAAUCGAUCAAAGAGCUCUUCACUCUACGAUUAUACAUCGAUGGAAAGCUCAAAUGAACCCAAGGGGUUUUGGGGUGUUCUAGCUAGGAAAGCUAAAGCGAUUCUUGAGGAUGAUAACAUGUCCCAACAAUUUGAAACACCUAGUGAAAUGCAGCCAGAGAUGCACAAUACCUCUUCGGGCCAGUUUCAUCAGCCAUAUCAAUUUCAUGGGAGCUCUAGAAAAAUGGACAAUCCUACACUACGCAAGGGCUUGGAUGCGCUCACCUCUUCCCUUAAUCACAUAGGUGACACCAUUGGAAAUGCUUUGGAGGAAGGACGUACAAUUAUGGAGAAUACAACUGCAGACAUCAUCCAAGAAACUCGCAAACUGCAAAUCAGGAGAAAAGGAAGCAGCUCUGAUGAACAAAAUCGAGUCCCUGGUGUACAUAAUCCAUGGCUACAACCAUUAGUGCAAUCCAAUCAACUACAGAUGCAAACCAACCAAGAAACUCAACUCAAGGCAUCCCGCGACGUGGCAAUGGCAACAGCUGCCAAAGCAAAACAACUUCUACGGGAGCUGAAAACUGUGAAAGCAGAUUUGGCUUUUGCCAAGGAAAGAUCUACUCAGCUAGAAGAUGAACACAAAAUUCUUAGAGAGGCUCGUGAAAAGGGAGUCAAUCCUGCAGAUGAUGAUAUGAUACGCCUUCAACUUGAAACACUUUUAGCUGAGAAGGCUCGGCUGGGCAAUGAGAAUUCUGUAUAUGCACGUGAGAAUCGCGUCUUAAGGGAGAUUGUUGAAUACCACCAACUCACCAUGCAGGAUGUUGUCUACUUGGACGAGGGCAUAGAAGAGGUUACAGAGGUUUACCCCAUCCCUGCAGUCUCCAGGUUUCUCUCUGUUUCCCCAUCCUUGCACUCACCUCCAUUGACAAACGAAACCUUAUCAGUCCCCAUUCCACCACAAGCACCAACCGGUGUUACUCAGACUGAGGCCUCACCAAGUCCCAGUGGUCCAAUUUCCACAACAGAAGAUUCUACAACACACUCCCACAAUUCUGCCUGUUGAAUCCUUAUUUCUCACAUUUUGUCAAUGCUUUUUGUAACAUUAAUCUUUUUUAUUAUUAUUAUUUUUUUCUUGCUUCUACCUUUUCUUUUUCUUUUUUUUUGAUGGGGAGGGUGAAGAGAGGGGAAAGCUGGGUGUUGGGAAUUCUUUGUCCAGGCUAUCUGUAUUUUGUGUAUGUAACAGUGUUCGUUAGCAUUCUGGAAUUGUUGUUAAAUAAUGACAAUACACUUCUCCUCUUCAAACUUAA